AAGGAUCUAGUGUAACGUAGAGAGAGAGAGAGACUAGGGUAGUAUUGAACUGCCAGUCAAUCCAAUAUAACAGAUCUAUAGGAUAGUAUAGUGAGAUAGCCUUUAGUCUGUCAAUCUGUUGGUAACAUCAGUGUAACAACACAUGGCUAUAAUAGAAUUCUGCUACAACGCUAGUAGUAGUAAUAUGGUCGAAACACACCAGGAAUGAAUGCCACAAACUUUGUAUCAAGCCACAAGGCUUUAGUAGAACAACAAUAUUGAAGUAAUUCAAAGUUAAGUGAUACAAUGUUGCAGUAAUUAAACUUAAGUGAUACAAUAUUGCAGGGAUUCAAACUUAAGUGAUACCAAUUUGCAGUAAUUUAAACUUCAAUUAAACUUGUUGCAGUGCCAGUGAAUAAAACUUAAGUGAUACAAUGUUGCAGUAUUUAAAGUAAAGUGAUACAAUGUUGCAGUAUUUAAACCACAGUGAUACAAUGUUGCAGUAAUUAAAAACUUUAGUCAGAAAGAUUAGCAACAACUAAUUCUUUUAUGAAAAAAGUAAGUUUUCUAAAGAACACAAUUUGAUUGAAAAGUUCUACUAAAUGUCCUCUAUUCAAAGAUUUAUUUUAAUAUAAAUAUAGUGAUAUAAGACAGUAUUCUACUAAGUUUCACAUCAAACUGUGAUAAAUCUACAGGACAUAGGAGCAGUGAAAGAUAUCUUUUUUUAAAAAAUAAAAAGGAGUAAAAUUAACAAUGGAAUAAAUCACUUGCACAGAUAACGGAUCCUGUAUAAUUGACGAUUCUACCACAACCAAUCAAAUAAUGGCUACAGAUUUACGUUGGCUGGUUUGAUGUGAAACAAUCGGGCAAUGAAUUUCACGGAUAAUACGACAGAUAAAGACCCGGGUGAUAAAACGACUCCUGACCAUUUCUACAAUAUCACCACGGAAACCACUAUGUUAUUAACCAAGGGAGAUUACUAUCAAGGUAUGGUCACCAAUACUACGACGAAUCUUAGUGCGAUUUUUGGAAAUAAUACGGCACAAGAUGUACUGUGGUCUCCGAGUGUAUGCGGAUCUAAUUCUAGUGAUGCAUGGAAGUUAACGACUCCUAUCUGCUCGACGCGAUUUGAGUCGUUUUUUGUCUUUGUGUUAGUCACCUUGCUGCUGACACUGACAAUAAUAAUCACCCUCGUUGGAAAUUUUAUGGUGCUUUUAGCUUUAUACAGAUAUCGUUCAUUACAGACAAUGUCAAAUUGUUUGAUUGGAAAUCUGGCUGUGAGCGAUUUAGCCAUCUCGUUACUUGUGUUGCCAAUAUCAACAGGAAAUGACAUGUUGGGUUAUUGGGUUUUCGGAGAGACGAUGUGCACAAUCUGGUUGUGUAUCGAUGUUUUAAUCUGUACGGCCUCGAUAUGGGGUUUGUGUACCAUCGCCUUUGAUCGUUACACGGCAACCGUGUAUCCCGUCUGGUAUCACGACAAACGAUCCCGUAAAAAAGCUUUACUCUAUGUCUCAUUUGUGUGGAUUUUUUCGAUAGUCAUUUCCUUUUCUCCUUUUAUCGGCUGGAGAGAUAUGAUUCCGAGUUUUUAUUCCCAUAACGAUGUGUUAAAUCGUUACGAGUGUAUUUUGUUUUCGACAAAGAGUUACGUUGUUUAUUCUGCCAUGGGAUCCUUCGUUCUGCCGUUAUUACUCAUGACCUUUCUGUAUAUUCGGAUUUUCAUUGUACUUCACAAACAAUCGAAAACACUGAAAGCGAAAGCCAACCUGUAUUAUGCACAAAAAAACUCGACUCCUAAUAAUCGGGGCCAUGGUGGCAUCGAACGCAGUGUUACGCGAGAAACCAACCUUGACGGCAAUGCAUCGCAAAAUGCAGGAUCAUUUUAUCUGGAAGAUAUGGACGAGACAUCAAUGAUGGAGACUUCUGUGAUAAUUACCGGACAGGAAACGGUUACAGAUCUGUCCUGUCGAAACAGCCUCUUACCAAUACGUGAAAAUUCGCCAACUUACUCAAAGGUGGAUUCCAGUGAAUCAGAUUCCGACCUUUCCCCAAAACACGAACCAAAGACCAAUGGUCUGUCUAAUAAUAAUCACAUGUUACCGAAAAGUCAAUCAGAUAUCAAUGUCAUCCACAACAAGAUUUCCUGUGAUGAAAAUGGACUGUUAGCUGAAAGCAAGCGGUCAAAAAGUGCCAAUAUUUUAUCAGAUUCCAAUUUACGACAAAAAUCCCCUUCCUCAUCGCCUGCGCCUAAAUUGGCUCGAAACAAUCGCAUGACCUUGAGUAUGAAAAGACGAUUUGAACUAAGAGAGCAGCGUGCAACAAAACGCAUGUUGACAAUCAUGGCAUGUUUUUGUGUUUGUUGGAUUCCUUUUCUCGUCAUGUACCUGACCCGUAGUUUUUGUAUGGAUUGCUACAUGAACGAACAUAUCGUCAGCUUCAUCAUCUGGCUUGGAUAUGCCAAUUCUUGUCUCAACCCUAUUCUUUACACCGUUUUUAACGAGGAUUUUAGACGUGCUUUCAAAAAGAUUCUCCAUAUGGAUAAGAAACCUCGGAGGUGACCAGAUAAACUGGAGUACAAAUCUUUUUUUUCAAAAUUUAAACAGGUUGUGUACAUGUGCUUUAUAGCUUCGAUUUACAAAAAAAUAAUUCAGUAAAAAAAGACAUGAGGAGUGAAAUAUAAAAUGUAUUAUCUCCGCUUUAGUCAUUUUGAAUAGAGAGAGAGCAAAAUUGGGUUUAAAGUCCACUCGACACAAACUAGGUCAUUUUGGGACUAACAAUAUGGUUCAAUUUUUUUUUUCAAUAAUUCGCUUGCGCAUAGUGGUCUUUAGCAGUGGGAGGAUACAAGAGAACCUGGAGAAAACCCACGAAGUUGGAUAGGCGACACUACUCCUUGUCAAGUACAAGCAGGGAAUCAAAACCACGCCACUUGACUCAAUGACAGACCCAGUUCAAGUCAAGUGGACAUUAAAUUCCAAUCUUCUACUGCUUGUCUGUUCCGUCUGUAAUAUGGUCAUGAGGGGUUUUAAAAGAAAACAUGAAUACAAUCAUACGUGUGAUAAGCUUUAUAUAUCCCGGGUAUAUACCUGUGCAGUCUUAAUGUUAGUAUAUAAAGGAUUUAAAUGCGAAACACAGUCUGGACUGCUGGCUUUAAACCUAAGGUGCGUAUAUACCAGUAAAGUCUUGAGUGUAAUAUAUGAAGCAUUCAAAUGCAAAACAUGGUCAGCAAGCCUGGAAAUAAGGUACCUGUCCCAGACCAUGUCAGGCACAGAUUCAGGCUUUGUCAGGCACAGAACCUAUGGUGCCUGUCAUUGUGUUUUGACUUUUUGUAUUGAUAUUAUUAAUACAUGUCCGGCACUAAGUUGAAAAUGUCAGGUACUAUUUCAUUAGUGCCUGACAUUUUGUCAGUUAUAUCUAAAACCGUUAUUUCCAGGCCUGAUGGUCAGACCAAAUUACAGAUCUUAUGAUCUAAAGUGCAUACAUCAGACCAUCCAACAACACGCCCCACCCGCCAAACAGAGUAUGACAUGAAGGAUUGCAUUAUUUUGCAUUGUGUUGGCUCCUUUCAAAUUUCAUUAAUUCCCUGCUUUGAGCAUUGUUAUAUAUCAAGUGUUCUAGAAUAAGUGUAAGCAUGAUGUGAAAUUAUUAUUUGUUAAUGAAAAGUUGUGAUAUUACAGAGUAUGUAUUUGAUAUUAUAAGCAUACCAUGCCUUAUGCAUGAUACAAGUUACUAUAUGUAGCUACUACUCUGCAGUUGACACAGGGGUAGGUAUUAGUGAAUAUUUCCUUUUUCCAUCAAACAAGACUAUGAGAGCCCGUUAUAGUUUAGACAAUGUUGACAGGAGAAAAUAGCUAUUUUCCUAAAGACCUAAAUCUGCUUGUUACAGGGUUUUUUUUGUUUGGUGGAGGGGGGGCUUCAAAUAUAACAUAAAUUAUUGAUUAGACAUUUAUUCACAUGACAAUCGCAUAAUCUACUCUCUAGAGCAUCAGAUGGUCAUGAUAUUGAAUGCAUUAGAACAACACUCACCAUUUAAUAAUUUAAAGUUAAAAAGGAUUAUAAAGACUUUGUUUAUUAUUGUAACAUUAGUACUUGAAUUGACAAUCAAGACUGUCUUGUAAAAACUUCAAUAUAUUCAUUUUUCUUUAUCUAUAAUUUGAACUAUUAUAAUAAGGAUGACCAACUCUUUAUCUAUAUCUUACAUAUACAGUAGAAUCUGCAUUAAGCAGCCACCCAAGGGAAUUAAUAAAAUCUUGUUGAUUUUUGUGCCGACAUAAAUUAAAUAUUACGCUUGGAUGCAGUGGAAGCGGUUAAUUUGGCCGUCGCUGAAUCUUGCGCCGAACGAAAAUUCUUUACUCAAAUCUCGGACAUAACUUAACGGGAGUGGCCUCUUAAUAAAAUCUCGUUGCUUUUUGUGCCGACAUAAAUUAAAUAUUACGCUUGGAAGCAUUGGAAGCGGUAAAUUUGGCCGUCGCUGAAUCUUGCGCCGGACGAAAAUUCUUUACUCAAAUCUCGGACAUAACUUCUGUAAACUUGUCAUUUUGUACCAACCUUCGAUACUACUGUCUACCAUUGUGAUGCAUUCGAUAAUAUUUAUCCAUUUUUGUGAAGAAAAUCGAUGAAUUCAUUUUAUUUUAUCAAAAAAGCACAUGAACAAAAAACAUCGCUAAUUUUAUCACCUAUUUACAGGGGGUGUAACUCUGUAUGUAAUAUUAUAGGAGGCGCUAAGAGAGAUACUAGAUGAUCGUGACAAAACUCUGUACUUUUAUUUUAUUCAAUCAGUAUCAAAUAAUGUGUCGUUAGCGUGAAAACAAUGAUCAGGUUAGUCGUUUAAUAAAACAAAAGAUUAAUUAACAGAUAAUCCCAGGUUGAUUGUUAUGUUUACAUUUCUUUUUACCUGAUCAGUGGGGGUCCAGUUAAUUAACUAUUACUCACGGGAUUAGCGGGGGUGUUACAAAGAACGACAAGAUGGUAUCAUUCAACAAUGGCCGUUAAAUGGGCGAUGUUUUGUUGAAUUUAUUAGUAAAAUAGUGACCGCUGGCCGCGUUAGAGGAGUGACCAUUGAAUAAAGAGAUGAAACAACAGAAUUUCUACGGGGGGAAUUUAUCGUGACCGCUUACAAGGAGAUGUCGCUGAAUAGGAGUGGCUGCUCAUACAGAUUCUACUGUAAUGCAUCUUUAAUUAUCAAAUAUAUAGUGUUUUAAAGUUAAGACAGAUCACUAUUUAUUUAAAUAUCAAUUAUAUAAUAUUUAUUUAAACCAGACAGAAUUCAGUUCUGCACUGAUGAUUCUUGUGAACAAAAAAGAAGAAGCAACAAAAUAUAUCUCAAUUGAUAUGUACUUUAAUCCUUUUUCGCUUUGAGUCUGUCAAAGAAAACUGUCUGAUUUUUAUCGAUUAUCUCAAAUGAGCAUCUGUCUUUGUUUAAAAGAGCUCUACGACUGAUUCAUUAGAAUCUCAAAAUCAUGAAAUAUAUUUCUGAUUGCUGUGUUAAUAAUUUAUAAUGUAUCAAUUCUCUCCAGAUCGAAACAAGAGUGACAACUUGGGUCAAUCAGCACCUGCUUGCCACCAUCCUAGCGAUCCUGAUUAGGUUACUUUAUAUAUUACAUGUUCCCAGGAGUAACGGAGUAACAAUGAAAGGUUCCGUUAGACACUCAUCUGAAAAGGCAAAACUGCUCAUUCAAUGGGGGCUGUGAAUAACCUGGCUUUUUAUAUAUCAAGAUCCCGAAAGAACUAGGAAUUAAGUAGGUUUGACCUUAUAACAAUUUGUAUGUGAACAAUCCAAUUAAAGCCAUCAUGACUUAAUCCACGCUAAAAUGUACUCAAAUUGACUAUUUACCAUUCAAUCAUCAAAAACGUGGAUUGAAUUGGAUCAAAAAGAGGCCCAUCAAAGAUCUUGCCCAACACUCAUAGGUGUGGCACUGGCUUGUUUGAAUGCUGAAUGAUGUGAAAUUUUUUUAUUCAUCAUAUCGCUGUUUGCAAGGAAUUCCAAAGGACGAUCAGUGGCUUUAAAACUAGAUAUUAUUCUAAAUUUUCAGUUUUUCUUUAAUUUGGUUUAAUUCAACAUAUAAUGAAGAUAAAUACAAAAUUUAUUGAUCUAUCUACUCAUAGAUCCCUAUCUGUGAAAACUGAAACUAAAAUACGGAAUGUAUGAAAAACACAGUACAAAUUUUACCUCUUGACCAAUGAAAACUAUAAACUAUUUCAAAUGUUUACAGUUUUUCUCUUAGUUCGAUACAAGACUGUUUACUCCUGAUGUUAUAAAACCAAUGAAAUAUAAUUGAAAUAUAAUUGAAAUAUAAAUGAAAUAUAAAUGAACUGAAACCAGAUGUAAUAUAUUUUUA